AUCCCUUCCUCAAUUUAAAGAGUAUCAAAACUGGGCGUGGUGGCACUGGCUGAGACAGGAUGAUAGAGAUUUCAAGACCAGCCUGAGCUACACAGGAAGAAGACAUAUGGGGGGGGGGCGCUAAAGGUGUCAAAAGAGGUGGAAAUCUCUAGGGACCUUGACCCCUUGAGCAGAAAAUGAAAGAAACCCCUGGUUUUGAUUUCAGAGAAAUGUCAUUUGUCAUCAGCCCAAGAAAAGGAGAUUUUUCUCUUCGAAGACCACCACAGGCUUCCUGGGGUUGCCCCCCUCAGAGUCUGCUGGGAGGAUCUGAGUCACACACACCUAGUCUUUGCUGUGGUCCAGAGGACAAGGGUCAGUCUCAUAGAGGAAGGGGGGCCUGAUGAACUAAGCCAGGGAAAGGAGGAGCCUUGGCUUUUCCUCUGCCUGCUGCUUCCCAUUCUGUGUUUCUAUGCUUACACUUCUGAGGUAUCACAAGUGCUUUUCCAGCUACUCCUUGCUAUGGCCACCUCCAGGAUGUAGAACUAAUAGCAGCUGAAUGCUGUGUUGUGCUCACAGACUGCUUCCUCAUGCAUGGCACUUCAUUUUCACCCCCACCUCUGGACGAGACCAUGACACUUGAUGCAUGAGGUGACUGAGGGAGGGAUGACGUGCCCAAGGUGACUCAACUAGUAAAUGGCAGAGAUGAGGCUUCAACUCUUGACUAUCCCAAAGUCCCUGUCACCACAGGUUCACAUCUUUGACUCUACAGAACUCACAAGUGAAUUAGACUGAGGAGGCAAGGCAGUCCGGGUUGUUAAAAGUAGAUCUGUAGCCUCUCUUAUAGGUCCUAAGCAGAGACAGUAAGCCACACCCCUCUAGGGGACUGUGGCAGACUAAUACUUGGGAUGACUGAGGACGGGGUGGAGCUAACUGGGGGUAGGUGGGCAGGAACCCCAGGAGCAGUAGUGAGCAUGCGGUACUAGGAGGCAGCUACAGAGGUGAGUUACCAUCCCUCUCCCCAGCUGUGCUUUUCCUCCAUUCCAACCUUCUUUCUACUUCCUGCCACCCUGCAUCCCUCACUCCAAGGUGUCUAAGUAGUUCCUCAUUCCUCUCUCUGCCUCCCCCACCAUGCUGCUUACUCAUGGAGGGUCCACACCGAGCUAGGCCUGCAGGAUGCUAAGACUCGCAGGCUAUCUCUCUCUGUGUCAUGAUGGUUUUGAUGUGUGAUUAAAGUCUUGACUUGUUGAGCACUUUCUGAGUCUUAGUCUUUUGGCUUAUGAAAAACAGAACUCAACCAUUCUUUAUCCUCCUUGUGAGAGGAAGUAGCUUCCCUUUCCCCAGUCUCUUUUUCCUUUCUUUCACUUCCUCAGGCAUCAAAGCCUUCUCUAAAACUCUUGUGUGACUCCCUUAACCCACUGGAUGGAGAUCUCUGCUCUUUUCCAAUCCCUUCUCAGAGGGUGUAUUCUAGAAGCUUCAGUCUUGCAGAGACAAUUGUGUGACGCCUUAAGAGUCUUUUGUCCUGCCAUGUGAGCUGUCUUGAUGCCUUCUCUGGCUUUCUGGGCUCAUGUUGGGGGAGGACCCAAAAGCUGUCUGAGCUCUCUCAUGAGGUCGCAUCUUCCUCCAUUCAUAAAUGCCAGGUUUGAUGCAAAGUGUGGAAAAGGCCAGGCUGUUCAGAGGCUUUCCCUGCAAAAGAGCCUGGGGAAGCCAAACCUUCCUUAAGCUGGGUGUUUGCUAACUAUACCAGCCCUAAACCCACUAUCUGAUACCUCUGCUAACUGCCUGGCUGUCGUUCUUCAGGCCCCAAACCUAACCUCUGGCCCAGUGUGCAUUCUCCUAGUGUGGCAUCCCCACAGCUGGCCUUUGGCUUAGUUUAUUUGAUUCAUUCAGGACAGACAGCACCAAUCUGAGCCCAGACACUCACUCUUUCUCCCUUCCCCUUCACAGGCCAGAGAGUAUGCGGUUUCUCUCCCACUUCAAUCAUGGAUCCCCCAUUGUGGCUUUCCUCUCAGAGCCUGUGAAACUGGUAGAUUAGCCAGGAACAAUGCCCCAGACCCCCACAAGACUAAUCAGCCCAUAUGGCUCUGAUAGGUUGGUACAGUUAGCGGCUAGACUCCGGCCAGCACUGUGUGAUACCCUGAUCACAGUAGGGGGCCUGGAGUUCCCGGCUCACAGCCUAGUGCUGGCAGGUGCAAGCCCAAGGCUUGGCUGCAGGGGCCGGUGGGCUCUGGUUGAAGACAUAAGCCCUUCCACCUUUGCUCAGAUUCUGACCUUUGUCUAUGGAGAGAGUAUAGAGCUACAGCCUGGGGAGCUGGGGGACCUUGAAGAGGCAGCCAAAGCCUUGGGGGUACAGGCCUUGGAAGAGGCCUGUCAGAGAGCUCAAAAGGGCAAGGAUGAAGAUGAGCUGGAUCCAGGACUGAAGAGGCACCAGCAAUCAGAAGACUUCAUGAGGGGCUCUGAGAGAGGACUUGGGAGUCCUGGAGAGAAACAGAAGCCAGAGAAGGAUUUUAGAAGUAAUGGGAGAGAACAGGAGAUGUCACACAAGCAUAAAGCACCCGGAGAGAGGCCUGAGAUGGCAGGAGCAACUAGGAUGAUGAGCUCAGAGGAGGUCAUGCGAGGUAUCGAGAGCCACAAGGGCUCUGAGGAGAGUCUUCGUGGGUGCCCUGAUCCCCUUUCCCCACCAGGUUCCCUCCUAACUAGCCUCAUUCCCAGGCCCUGGUGGGCUGAAGUCCCUAGGUUGGGGGAGGGCCAGUCGGCCUUGUGGAGCAUCUUGUUGUGGCCCUCCAGAUACGGUGCUCCCUUCUCCCAUAGUACCCCCAUCACUGCGGCCUGGCAGGUCCGGCCUCAAGAUCAGAGGAUCCCACUGACCUUGAACCACUCCAAAGCUCUCUGGAGUCAGAAUCAGCUGGCUUCCUCUAGCCCCACUCCAGGAUCUUUUCCCCAGGGCACUGAAACCCUCAGCCCUUGGCAGAUAGAAACGUCUGGGCAAGGGUUCACAGGCACACUGGCAACCUGUGUGAGUCAGGAGCGCACACUGAACUGCCCAUCUCACCAACACCCUCCUUUACCCUCUCCUGCUCGCUCUCGGCCCUAUUCUUGCUCUGUGUGUGGAAAGAGGUUUUCACUCAAGCAUCAGAUGGAGACACAUUACCGAGUCCACACAGGAGAGAAGCCCUUCUCCUGUAGCCUCUGUCCUCAGCGCUCCCGGGAUUUCUCUGCCAUGACCAAGCACCUGAGGACACAUGGGGCUGCUCCCUAUCGAUGCCCUCUGUGCAGGGCUGGCUGCCCUAGCCUGGCCUCCAUGCAGGCGCACAUGCGUGGCCACUCGCCCAGCCGGCUGCCGCCUGGAUGGACCAUACGCUCCACCUUCCUCUACUCUUCCUCGAGGCCGACCCGGGCCUCCAGCUCUCCCGGUAGUCCUACCUCCUCUGCUGCCACCUGACCGGGUGUUGGUAGCUUCUCUGGCUUGACAAAGAGUCCAAAGAAUGAAAGGCAGAAGGGCUCAGCUAGGGCGGCCUGGCAAAUUUAACCACAGAAGAACUGCGAGACAGGAGCUACGAACCCUUCCGGGACAAGCGAGUUGCAGAAGCCUCGGCCUGGCGAGCCCGAGUUAAAGGACAAUUAACUCGGUGAAGAUUAACUGGGGACUGUCAAUUUCAUCACUAUAAUAAAGUUUCCUGUGCUCCAGUCAG